CGCUGUGCCGCAGCUGCCUGCCGGUGUGCGUUCCGCGUUCGGUGCAGCCAUGAGCUUCCUCCGGAGUUUCCUGCCUCCCGGGCCCACGGAAGGGCUGCGGCACCAGCAGCCGGAUACCGAGGCAGUCCUGAACGGGAAGGGCCUCGGCACCGGCACCCUCUACAUCGCUGAGAGCCGCCUGUCUUGGUUAGAUGGUUCUGGAUUAGGAUUCUCACUGGAAUAUCCCACCAUUAGCUUACACGCGGUAUCCAGGGACCCAAAUGCCUAUCCACAAGAGCAUUUGUAUGUUAUGGUAAAUGCCAAAUUUGGAGAAGAAUCAAAAGAACUUGUUGCUGAUGAAGAGGAAGACAGUGAUGAUGAUGUUGAACCUAUUUCUGAAUUUAGAUUUGUACCUGGUGAUAAAUCAGCAUUGGAGGCAAUGUUCACUGCAAUGUGUGAAUGUCAGGCCUUGCAUCCAGACCCUGAGGAUGAAGAUUCAGAUGAUUAUGAUGGAGAAGAAUAUGAUGUGGAAGCACAUGAACAAGGACAGGGGGAUAUCCCUACGUUCUAUACCUAUGAAGAAGGAUUGUCCCAUUUAACAGCAGAAGGCCAAGCCACAUUGGAGAGACUAGAAGGAAUGCUUUCUCAGUCUGUGAGCAGCCAAUAUAACAUGGCUGGAGUUCGGACGGAAGAUUCAAUAAGAGAUUAUGAAGAUGGCAUGGAGGUAGACACUACGCCAACAGUUGCUGGACAGUUUGAAGAUGCAGAUGUUGAUCACUGAAAAUGGUUUAUGCGGCUGGAAGAUUCUGCUUUAUAACUGUAGGAAAGGACUUGGUGCCUCUUCCUGUCUGGAGUGGGGUUGAUGAAAAUGUUUUUGCUUCUUCAAAACUCACUUGAGCCAGUUCUUUCUUGAAACAGCAAGUUGUCACCAGCAGAAGAAACUAUGACCUUUAUUAACAAAGGUGAAUUAACUAGGAAGGUAUUUGUAGUCUAUCACCCCUGAAUUUUCUGUGUCUGGUUCCCCUUUGGGUGGGUCUGUAAUUUCUGCCUUCACUGUAUAUGUCUUCUGUAAGCUAGCAGGCCUAUGUGGUGAAAUGCACAGGAGCUGGGAGGUGUGGGUAGACUGGGUGGGAGAGGCUGAAGCUAAAAUAUGCCUCUUUGGGACUAAAGAUACCUUUAUCACUUAAAAAGAGAGAGAUCUCAGAGGAAUCCUAUCUGCUGCUCAUUCACAGAGUCUUUUACUGAAAUGGGACCCAGAUUAAUUCAGCAUCACUAGGUGACCUCUUUGGAAACCUCCCAGGCACUUGUACCACACUUCCACAGAUGCUUCUGACUAGCCUUUGCUCCUUCCACCGUGCUUCCCUGUCUGCUCUGUUACAACCUCUGGGGUUAUCUCUGGUUUCCAGUCGCUAGGCUAGUUUUCUGUAACAGAACAAGUGAAACUGUUAUGAAGCCCUCAAAGUACUUCAAAUGAUAACUGUUUUGUCUUUGUAAUAGCUUAACAAAUAAAUCUAGGUUUUCUAUA